GAAUGUGAGCCCCACGAAGACGAAACGAAACCCUCCCUGACAGACAGACAGAAAGAGCUGGUCCUGGAGUCCUGGCAAAUCGUCCAGGGAGAUCUGGAUAAAGUUGGGGUCGACAUGUUCAUGAGGUUGUUUCAAACCCAGCCAGAUGUUCAAGACGUUUUUGUUCCCUUUAAAGGUAAAUCAGCAGAUGAUCUAAAAGACAGUAAACAGUUAAAGUCUCACGCUACCAGAGUAAUGGGGACGGUGGAGAAAAGUCUAGCUAAUAUAGAAGAUCCAAAACGACUGGAACAGAUGUUAAGCGAUCUUGGUGCUCGUCACGUGAUGUACAACGCAAAAGUCGACUACAUAGAUUUAAUUGGACCUCAGUUUAUUUGGGCGAUUCAGCCAGUGGUGGACGAAAAGUGGACUCCGGAAAUGGAACAGGCGUGGUCAGAUCUGUUCAAAUACAUCAGUCAUAUCAUGAAG